CCGUACUGCCUUCCUAUUUUUUUUUCGAUCUGUAAUGGAAAAUCGAUAAUCCAAACAUCGAUGAAUUAAUGUUUUCAUCGAUGUUUCUGCUCCUCUAUUUUUCAUCUCUAGCAUUUUCUUCGGCGCAAAGACAUCAAUGGACUUUGAUAACGCGAAGGAGAACAUUCAGCCGCUGGCCAGUGGUCGCAACGUGAGCCUGCUGCAGGCCUCGCUCAGUCAGGACGCCGCCCACGGUCAGGAGCUACUGGCUAUUCGCCGACAAUUAGAGGAGGAGGUGAGGACCUACACAGGCGAGGAUCCCCUGGGAGCAUGGUAUAAUUACAUCUGCUGGAUCGAGCAGAGCUACCCGGCAGGGGGCAGUGGCUCCGGUCUUCAGGCGGCCCUUUAUCAGUGUCUCACUCAAUUCGAAGAGGACAAGCGGUACCGCCAGGACAAGCGGCUUAUUAAGCUCUUCAUCAAAUUUAUGGAGAAACAAGAGGACCAGAUCGAAUUUUACCAGCAGAUGUAUAACAACGGGAUCGGAACAAUGCUCGCAGAUUUUUACAUUGCUUGGGCCUACAGCUACGACUUGAGCGGCAACAUGCGCAAAGCUGAUGAGAUCUUUCGCUUGGGACUCCAGUGCCGAGCCGAGCCGCUUGAUGAGCUCAUGGAGGCGCACCAGCACUUUGGCUAUACAGUUGGCCAGCGUUUGCUCUACACAACCGGAGAGGAAGCCAACGCGGUAAACCAGGAGCUAAACGAGAGACGGCUGGCCCUGCAAUCACUGCACGGCCGCCGCGAUCAGAAAUCAAACAUGAUUACUGUGGGGAGUAUCCGCACUGGACAAGCGGUCAUGAGCGGCUUGCCAGGAGUUGUUCAGACUGAUGUUCCAAGCACGAGCGGGAGGACAAAUGCCGGUCGCAACGUGAAAGUGUUUAGCGAUGAAAACGCCGGGACGAAAAUACCACUGCCUAUAUCGGAAAUAGAAGUAAGGUCUAGCUUGCGUUCUAUCAUCGACGCAGCUCGCGGACAGGAGAAUAAAAAGGAACCGAUAGCCUGGAACAAGGCAAAUGUAAAAUGUCACAGGCAUGGCCAAAUCUUUGGAAGGAAAACCGUGCCGGGCCUGGGCUUUGACAUACACUUAGACGAACAAGUUAUGCCACCAAUCACAAACUAUGAGAACCGCCUGGAGCAGUCCUUCAAGUUUCCGACAAACUUUGUGUCCAAAAACAAACCUCAGGUGCCCUGGGUGACCCCAGUUACCAUAGAAGACGAACCAAAUGCAAAUGGACUGCCUUGCUACAAUAAGUGCCUACUUUAUCCGCGUCCCAAUCUCGAGUUCUCCCCCGAAGAGUACCGUGCAUACGUCCAUUUAAAACCUUGCAAUCCAGAACAUUCGUAUGUUCAGCGGAACGAUGAAUGGUGGGGCGCUUGCCGGGUUCUUAGAGGAAUUCGCUGCUACCCGAAUUUUGCUAGGUCUUCAAAGCCGCAGCCGUGCGACGAGUUAGACAACUUUUGGAAGCCUCCUUCGGUGCCUGGCCUUCAGGUUGUCUUCGACAAACUGUACAACGACGAGAAGCAGCAGGAAUACCAAACAGAGGAGCUUUUAGCAGCCAAGUGGCUGCAAAAUCGUAAUAUGACAGUUCACGGAGACUUCGACAUGGAGGAAACAGUGUGUUUGCCUGGUAACAAGAUGCCACGACGGAAGAGUUUUUUUCCCUCUUCCAGAAAAUCCGUGAUUCCCCACCAUGUAUCUUUGGUUCAGGAGAAUGAGAUAGAAGCCACAGUAGUCGUAAGAGAAACGACUUUCCCGCCGGCACUUGUUUUAUUCAAGUCAGCUGGUCCAUCAGAGCAAAAAGCAGAAGCAAAAAAAAUAGUAUUGGAGGAUUCUAUCGCAUAUUCCGAUAAUAAUUUCGCGGUACCAGCUCCUCCUGCACGCAAGAUAGAGAUCUUUGAAGACUCAGAAGAACUGCAGCCAAUGGCAAAAACAAAGUCUGUAAAUGCCGUUCCGCUUUUUGACAUAGAUGAGACGUGCUCCACGCAAAUUUUUAACAUGUUCAUAGAGUCACAGGCUGUUAGUACACCAAAGGGCACACAGAAGCAAGCACCAUCACGUCAAUUUGGAACUAUCCUUAGGGAACUAUCAGCACCAGAGGACACAGCUUCUGCUCUUACCGUCGAAUCUCCAGUGGAAUUACGGAAGCAACUAUCCACCAUACUAGAGACCUCUGAGCAUGCCACUCAAAGCUCGGCGACUAGUGUCGCUGCUACCAAGUCGACCAUUACCACGUCCUUUUCGCCCGGAACGAUAACUGAUUGGAAAGUUACCGUCAAGAAUGAAGAGGACACUCCUGGACGAAUACGUCUGCAAAAAAGCGUUGGUCUGGGGCUUUUAGCAGUCGUCGUGGAUCCGGAAAAAGAGGAUGGCAACAACAUUACCAGUCGCGAGCUAUGGGAACCUAAUGCUCCUAGCGUGCCGAUGCUAAAGUCCUUGCGCUUCCAGGAGGAUAAGACAGAGACUAUUCCCAGACCUAUGGUGGGCUUCCAGGAAGACAAAACUGAAACUUUGCCACAACUGCCACAUGCUCCAACCCGUUUCCAGGACGAUGAAACCGAAACGCUGCCACAAAUGCCAUCUGCCUUUCCUGAGAUGUCCACGCUUCAGCACGCGGUGACUGUUGAAAAAUGUUUAUCGCCUCCACAAGUGCCAACUCUGGAUAAUGAAAACGACUUGUGUGGAUUAUUUGGGAAGACACCGUCCAAGACUAAUGCUUUUGGCUCUCCAAACCGAAAUUCUCACCACGCUGCUCGCCAUCAUUAUCAGGAUGCAAUGGCCUCCCUUGCUGGGUCCACCAGCGAUACCGCAGCUACGCCUAGUAGCAGCAAGCUCAUGACCAACCUUUCAUUUGUGCCUGAAACACAGCCAAAGGCCGAGUCAGAAAGGAAGGACGUUCAGAAUAAGUUUGAAAUCUUUCUAGACGAGAUGCAACCAGGUAAAACUGACUCAAAAACACUAAAUUUAAUUGACUCCAGUUUUGUAAGGGACUGCAUUUUGACGAAAACGCAGAAUACCGCGGAUAAAGAUUCAUUUAAAAACCAGGAAAUCAUUGGGCCGUCCCACAUGAUUGCUUCAUUCAUGAAAGAUUGCACAGAACUAAGCAGCUGUCCUCCAUUGAUGCCAACCCCAAAUGUUGCAACUAAUUCCACAGAAUUAACAGAAUCUUCAAGAAAUCAUUUGGCGACUGACAAAUUAUGCGAGUCAAUGCAACCUGACCAUUUUUUUGAGCUGAACGCAGGCACAGAGAUGUUUGCUACCGAUAUUAGUAUGAUUAAAAAUUCCACGCUACUCGUUCCGACUGUAGUAUUGAACCCUUCUGCUGGAGCAGGGGAGGUGUCGGAUUUAAGCAUUUACUACAAAACAACACCACUAACGCCUAAGCAGUCGCAACAUUCCUGGUCGCAGUCUGAAUUAGAAACACCUCGUCAUGAUCAAUAUGUCCACCCAAAGUCGAUCGCAGAUUUCUCUGUGUUAAACGAUACAUUGGCCGAAGCCAAUAGGAACCCUUUCAACGCAGAGCUUAUCAGUUCACUGCUGGAAUCGAUAGACUUCACCAUUUACAUCGAGAAGCUUCCCCACUGUCAGCUAGUCGGCCAUGUUAAGCGACUGCACCCUAACACCCAGCUGGAGGUACAAAACGAGAAGUUCGAGGUUUCCAAGAUGAUUGGCAAGGGAGCUUACGGUUCAGUCUAUGCAGGACGGAAUCUCAAAUCUGGCAGGAAGGUCGCUCUCAAGCAAGAACGACCAACUAACUACUGGGAGUUUUACAUAUGUUUGGAGAUUCAUAGCCGUUUAACAAGUGAGCAAAUGAUCCCAGCCUACGCACAUAUCGAUUAUGCCCUAGUGGGAAACAAUUCCAGCAUAUAUAUCUCGGAAUUUUCAGACUUUGGUUCACUUAUCGGUGUGUGCAACAAGGUUAAGAGUGCAACAAACAGAAACAUAGACGAGUAUGUCGUAAUGCAUUUGAGCUGUCAGAUGCUCGACAUUUUGGAUCAUCUGCACGCCAUGGGUAUCAUUCAUGCCGACAUAAAGCCGGAUAACUUUCUGCUACUAAGGCCGCUAAGUGCUGAUCCAAACGAUGUGAGUCUCCAGCUUAUUGACUUCGGUGUGUCAAUAGACACUAAGUUCUUUCCAAAAAAUCACUCAUUUAAUUAUGUCCACCACAAUGAUCUGUUUAAGUGCAUUGAGAUGCGAACCCAGAGACCGUGGACUUACCAGCUAGAUUUGUUUGGUCUUGUAAGCGUCAUGCAUGUGUUGCUUUUCGGGCGCUAUAUGGAAGUAGCUCAAAGAACUCCAAGCCCCAUUUGGAUGCCAAAGACAACUGUGCCCCGCUACUUUCAGCGGCAAAUGUGGGAAAACAUCUUCCGAACACUGCUUAACAUUAGAGACUGCCGCACCAUGCCGAACUUACAACAACUACGUACGCAACUGAAGUAUGCGUUAGCUGAGAAGGAAAAAUAUGUCGGCGAUGCCAUAACCAAGUUCAAUGCGAUACUACAAAAGUAGACUGAUUCACUGUUUUUUUGUAUCAGCUAUUAUUUUCUAAACUUCACCUAAAAAAAUUAAACUUAAAAUAGUUAUUUAAGCCAUAUUGUUUUCUUAUUACGAUUCUAUUUAGCUACUGGGAAAAUAUAUAGAAUUUCCAGAUUUUUUGCUAAAGUGCAACUCCAUAAAUUUAAUAUUAAUUAUAAACAUUUUUUAAAGUAGAGCCAACUUGAUAUAUGAAAAGGAACGACAUUUUAUAGUUGGUGUAGAAUAAAAACGUUUUAUUCCCGAA